CUGCGCAUGCGUUAGUCGGCUGCGCGGGAGAGGCUGAAAACCCAAACAACAGAGUCAUGACAGUAAUGUGAUCUUCGUACUUUGGCUGGAUUUUUUCGAAAUAAUACACGACUGAAGACGCUGAACACAAGUGGACACUGACUCUUCACCAACAACAUGGCAGAUGACUUCAGCCAAUCCCUUACCCCUCCAGUUUCUCCCUUUGCAGCUGACAGUCUUUGUGAACUGACUCCAGCCCAGCCACCAUGCUUCUGCUGCUCCGACACAAAGGAAGACCCCACAGGAGCACUCUCUGCAGAGGGAUACGCUGCAAGAGGCUCCUUGAAACGGCUGCUGCUGCGUCUUGACCCAGCCCCUGCAGAAUAUGAGAUGGACACUGUAGAGCUCUUUGGCUUUUCCUGGGUAACAGAAACAGCACUGGUAGAAUCUACAAAGCUGCUCUUUGGUCUUUUCAGACAAAAGGUUUACAGGCUUGAGACCUUGGUACAAUCAAGUUCACAUGACUUUGGUCAAGCAGGCAGUCUACACUAUGAAGCAGAAGACCUCAGACAACAGUGUGUGUCAUUUCUUCAAUAUGUCAAAGUCUUCCUGCACAGAUACCUGGAACCUUCCAGCUCCACUGCAGGCCAGUCACACUCCUAUGAAGAGCUGGAGGCUCAGCUGCCCUCUGCCCUUCUGGAGGAAUUGUUUGGUGUCACUCUUCUCAUUGGAAGACUUAAAGACCUGCCUGCCAACGUUCAAAGUGCCUUCAUAAUAUCUAACCAUGGAAAGAUUUUUCCUCCCUCUUGGCAUUUGUUACACCUUCAUCUAGACAUUCACUGGUCAGUCCUAGAGAUCCUCCACCUCCUUGGUCACAAGAUGCAUGGCCAAGUUGUGUACGCCCACCAGUUUGUGAACCUGACAGGAGAGAACCUGACUGAUACCAGCCUGUUUGAAGAGCACCUGUGCGGUCUGCUGAGUGACCUAACUGGUUUGGCCAUAGGCAAAUACAGCAAGGUGAGGCCUACAGAGGCACUCAGCAGCAAUCACUACCUUUGCUCCUGCACCAAAGAGCUUUGGAUUCUCCUCAUGCACCUUUUAGAACAAAGAAAAAGAGUGUCACACACACAGUCUUUCUGGAGCUACAUGAACUCUUUGUUGAGGCCACUGGUUUCAGUGAAGCCAGGAGCAGAGCAAUUUGGUGGCCUUCCAACACACUGCAAGGACCCUCUAGGAUUCACGUGGUGGCUGGUCACUCAUUUAGCAAUGUUAGGGCAGUACAGCCGCAACGGUACACACCAAAAUGAGAAUAAUCUUGGGGAUAACUGGACUCUUGUGGAAGAGUUGCUCAAGAUGACAUGUAACACCAAGGUAGUUUUAGCAGAGGAGCAGGUGAGGAUGCAUGUCCACUGCUGCCUCAGUCUUUGUCUGCUGUGGGAACCAAGCACCAGUGCAGUCUCCAUCCUCUGGGAAUACUACAGCAAGAAUCUGAGCUCCUCAUUUACUGUACCCUGGCUCGGGAUGUCUGGUGUUGGCACAUUGUACAAGUCACCCUUGGCUCUGUUGGAGCAGGCCCGCAGCUGCUGCAACCCCUGUUCCCUUCACUCGGCAGGACACACCCAGCUCUAUCGCUCAGCCAACUCUUUCCACAUCUUCCUCCGAGUGCUGGCCCUGUGCCUCGCCCAGGACAGGGUUGGUGGAGCCCCACAAAGACAAAUCAAAGGAAGGAUUUAUUCAAAGUUCUCCUCUAAAAAGAUGCAGGACCUGUCAGAGGCUGGCCUCAUGAACUUCCUGCUGCUGUUUCUGGUGGUUGCAUGGCAGAUGGAGCUGGAGGAUGUUGCAAGCAGAGCUUCUGAGCUUCUUGGUUUGCUUCCCUCUAACUGCCCCUCCGGGCACCGCACCCUGGUCUGGAGGGGACAGCUAUCACUACUGUUGUUGUUCCAGGAGAGAGGUCUGGAUGUGGGAGCACAGGCCAGUUGGCUGGCCUCCUCCUUUAAUGAGACUGCUAAAGAGUUCUACAAUAAGACCACGGAGGUUUCCCGCAGACUCGCCCUCUGGGGACCCCUCGGCUCAUACCUGGAUGGUGUAACUGAAGUGUUCGAGACAAGCACCACUCUCAGCCUGUCAGAGGAUAAGCUGCUCAAUGAAGGGUUUGAUUGGCUGUUGCCGGCUUGCCGCCUAUCAGAGCUGAAUUCUGCCUUGGGUUGUCUGCAGACCGUCCUGGCCCAGCUCAGACGGGUCCAUCAGCGAUGUGUCCAGUCAGCAUCCACCUUGGCUUGGGCUCCUCCUAAUGCCAGUGUGGUGAAAGAGCGCCACCUAGCGGUAGCAGCAGCUCUCUGGGCACACUUCUUUCCUUUCCUCCGCAGCUUACGCCUCUCUCAGACCCCUCCAGCACAGCUGGCUGAUGCUGCUGCAGGCUUUACCCUGUUGGCCUUUGAUCUGCCGAGCUCUGCCCCCCAGGACCUUCAGCCCAAUCCAGUCCAGUCCAUCAUGCAAUGCUUCGGCUGGGAUGACAUGCUGCACCCACUUCUGGUGACUCGCUACCUGCCUCAUCUACUCCAAAACAGUGAGCUACUGGCUUCACUAAGCACAGAAUCCGGUGUUGUGUCUGGUUCAGCACAAAGUCUCUCAGUGAGGGCCUGGUUCCGCUGUGUUAUACAGCAGCACCUUCACAAGAACCAAGAUGGAUCUGACAGUAGAACAGGCCAGGCUUUGGAGGAGCAGUUGUGUGAACUAACCCGGCUGGUGCUGAGGCUCCCUGAGGUGGAGAAUCUUUUGCAGAGAGGAGGUCUGCAGCCCACAGCGACCAGGCUUGAACCAGCUGUAGCUCUGGAGAUGUUUGUUAAGGCUGUAGGAAAUGCAUACAGUGGACUGCAGGUUUUGUCUGAGCGGUCAGCUAUGGUGACCAGAGCCCUGGACUACAUUGGUGACAUCCUGAAACAUAUCAAACCCUCUCUGGUCAGCAAAAAUCAAGAGGGAGUGCAGCUGGCCUACCGGGCUGUUGGCUGCAUCGUGAAGCACUGGAGCCCCCUGCUGGCCACAUCUAAAGCUCAGCAGCUGCUGUUUCGUAUUGUGGACAGUCUGCUGCUUCCUCAUAACCUCACACAGCAAGAUAAAGCACUCAGAGACAGCCUGCCUAUGUAUCUACAGGGUCUGUCAGUUGCCUCUAGUGUGUCUCAGUCCCAGGGCGCCUACCUGAAGCAGCAGCUCCGCUCGGUAAUACGCAGAUAUCUGGACCAUUUUCUUCCUGCCUCCCCCUCCUUAGGCAUCAUUGCCAACCAUCCAGUGCUUCUUAGUGCAUGUGAGGCUAACCCAACUGGUCGGGGAGCUUCGCUGAGGAGGACCAUCCUGGAGGUGCUGUGCGAAAGCUUCUUGCAGUUUAAAGGUCAUGCCCCCCCGCCUCGGUUAGCCUCGGUCCUGAUGUUUCUCUCGGAGCUUCUGAGAAGAAACAAUGACUCAGACCCUGCCCUCCUCACUCUGCCUGUCCCUGCUCUGCUGCGCUGUGUGAUGCUCGUCAAUGAACCACAAGUGCGGAAAACAAGCACUGAUGCCUUGCAGCUAGUAGUGGAGCGUUGUACUGCUGCGUCUAUAGAGGGACCGUGUGACCAGAUGAUCACUGUCUUACGGUCAUUUGUGGAGGAGAAUGAAGGAGUUUACGACAGACAGGUGUACGGUGUCCUUGAGACAGUGGCUGUUUUAGAUCCUUCUGUUGUUCAGGCUCUCAUCCCCAACUUGACUCUGAGUCUGACAAACACUGAGCACAAGAGAGGGCUGGGCAAGAACAUCGCCUUGAGGAGUGCCUAUAGGAAGUUGCUGUGCCUCCUUGGAGAGAGUGGGCAGGCAGAAAUGGCCAGUCUGGAAGCAGAUCAAGGUUUUUCUUGAAAAACAAAUAAGACACUUGUCCAGGAUUUGUUGCCAGCUCUAAGACUUGUUGCUCAUAAAACCUUUAUUUUGCCAAAUGUCCUGAUUUGGUCUUUAGAAAAGGGAAUAAUAAUGACGCCACAAACAAACUGCCAAUGUUCUAAAUGCUUUUGUAUUCAAGAACUUGACAUCUUUCCUCUAUUAGCCUGUAUGUCUCUGUACAUCUUAUUUAAUGUAUAUAAUGUAUAUAUAAUAAAGAAGGUGCUUUCUUUCA